CGUAGCUGGAAUAAGAAAAGCAAAACAACAAGCAAACGGACUAUUCUACACUUUUAUGAGUUGCUUUGGAGGUGGCCGGAGGUUAUUUUUCUUGGGAUUUUUGUGGUCUUUGGUCACCCACAAUCCUUUGUGUUUUGCCGGGAUGCGGCGCCGUUGGGCUCUCCUCCCAUGAGUGCGAAUGUGUCUCUUCCACGUUCUCCUCCUCGGGUGACUCCUCGCUGUGAGGCUCGGCCAGGCCUGGACGUCUGAACCAUGCGCCCGCCUGUCUCCUGUCAUCGCCUCCGUCUCUUCCUCUUCCUCGCCAUCCUCCUCUUCCUCCUGGGGCCCAGCCUCUGCUUCUGCCCGUCUCAGUGCACCUGUGUGUUCCACGGACGCGCCGACGGCACAGGCUUCAGGUCAGUACUCUGUAACGACCAGGACAUGUCGGACAUCCCAGUCAACGUUCCCGUGGAUACGGUGAAGCUGCGUGUGGAGAAGACGGCGGUGCGUCGCAUUCCGAGUGAGGCCUUCUACUACCUGCCGGAGCUGCGUUACCUGUGGGUCACCUACAACAACAUCAUCUCCGUGGACACGGCCAGCUUCUACAACCUGAAGGUGCUGCACGAGCUGCGACUGGACGGCAACGCCAUUGCGUCCUUCCCCUGGGAGUCGCUGCCCGAGAUGCCCAGCCUGCGCACGCUCGACCUCCACAACAACCGGCUGACCAGCAUACCAGCCGAGGCCACCCCUUACCUGGUCAAUAUCACCUAUCUGGACAUCUCCAGCAACAAGCUGGCCACGCUGCCCUCCGACCUGCUUGACCUCUGGCCGCCCUUCUCAGGGGUUUUGCCCAGCACCAACGACACCAGGGUGGUUCUGGGUCUCCAAGACAACCCCUGGUACUGCGAUUGCAAGAUCUCUAAAAUGAUUGAGCUCUCCAAGAUGGCCGAAACACCCAUAGUUCUGAUGGAUGCCUUCCUUGCGUGCAGCGGGCCAGAGAACCUGGCGGGGGUUCUGUUCCAACGGGCCGAGCUGGACCAGUGUGUGAAGCCGUCGGUGCAGACCUCUGCCACAAAGAUCACCUCUCAGCUGGGCAGCAACGUGCUGCUGCGCUGCGACGCCACCGGAAAGCCCACGCCCGACCUCACCUGGACCAGAGCCGAUGGCUCGCCCUUCAACCACACAGUGGUCCAGGAGUCGCCUGGAGAGGGAGUUCGCUGGUCCAUCAUCGGCCUGAAUGGGAUCCUCUACAAAGAUUCAGGAGACUAUCGCUGCAAGGCCAAAAACGUGGCGGGGAACGCAGAGGCCUACAUCACUGUGUCUGUGGCCGGGGAAGGAGGCACCACCCCCCUCCCCCCACAGAUCACCCCCAGGAGCCCCGAGGGGGAUGCCAGCAGAGGGUCCACCACCGCGCUAACGGGCCCCACGCCCCUCUCUUCUCCUUCCUCCUCUGGAACUACAAGCACCACCACUGCCACCACCAUCACCACCACCACCACCACAACCACCCUGGCCCCAACCACCACAACCCCCAAGAAGGGACUGGGUCCAGGUGGGGGGAUCCAGAGGUCUCCGCCUGCAGCCUCCCGGAAGGGCGGGAUGGGGGGCACUGCGGAGAAUGACAAAAACAGAAAGAAGCCCGUUGACGCCAAGCCCGGCCUGGUGGACAUCCAGGUGGUGGAGGAGACGGUGGACAGUGCGGUGGUGGUGUGGACGGCGGAGGGGAUGCCUGGCGACGCGCCCGUGUCCAUCCUGUGUACCCCGACGGAUGGCGGGGAGGGGGGGGAGGAGACGCGGAUCAGCACGCAGGCCGGCCGCGCCAAGGAGCUCCUGGAGAACCUGACGCCGGGCCAGAGCUACAAGGUGUGCCUGGCCACCAAGGCCACGGCGCCGGGCAAGGAGCAGUGCGUGGACUUCACCACGCUGGGCGACGGCGAGAGCCCGAUGCUGGUCAUCGUCAGCGGCAUCGCCUGUGUGCUGGUCGUGCCCCUCAUCCUGCUCCUCACCUACAAGAUCGUCUCGCUCUACUGCCGAGGGUCCAGCGACAGGGGCGGGUCCGGUGGCGACAGCCAGGAGGACCUGUCCAAGGAGUCCUACGUCAAGUUCGAGACGCUGACCAUGAAGCAGAGGCCCCUGAACGGCCACGUGCCGUCACACGACCUGUGGUCGCGGCGGUACACGGAGUCCGAGCGCAUGCUGCUGUGCUCGCGCUCCAGCAUCGACUCGCAGAUGACCUACAAGAGCGACAGCUCACGCUCCGAGUACCUCUGCUAGUCACGGCUCACAGGUGGAGGUGUGCAGACCAGAGGUCACGGGCCACCACUGCGUUUCAUCCUGUUGGCUUCAACGGCAGUCGGACUUUAACGGUUCCUACUGUACACUGACCAGCAGCUGCUAA